GGGCAGCAUAGAUAAUCGAACUCGCUCACUCUAGUCACAACUCAGGAGGAAGUGGCUACUGGGUUGGGUUUAUUUAUUUUGUUUACCUCAAACGCUCAACUGUCCCCGUUUCAUUUCUUGCAAAAUGUCUAUCCUUUCAAAUUCCUUGGUUUCAUCAACAAAUCCUCCAACCCAACUAUUUUCUGGUUCUCAUCUAAGGUGUCAAAACUUUGGGAGUGCCAACCGCACCAAUUUGGCAUUCAAUUCUAACAAUUUAAGGAAACUGCAUCUUUCUACUUCUAGUAGGGCACUCACUGUUCAGGCUUCGUACAGUGAUGGUGGAAGGUCAAGCAGUUCAAGCGCCUUUGUUGGGGGUUUUGUUUUGGGAGGGCUCGUGGUUGGUGCACUUGGUUGUGUAUUUGCCCCUCAGAUCAGCAAGGCACUAACUGUAGCUGAUAGCAAGGACCUAAUGAAGAAACUGCCUAAAUUCAUAUACGAUGAAGAAAAAGCUUUGGAGAAAACACGAAAGGUACUGACCGAGAAGAUUGCUCAGCUGAACGCUGCUAUUGACGAUGUCUCCGGUCAGCUUCGAUCCGAUGACGCCCCAAAUGGAGUUGCUGUGAGCUCUGAUGAAAUUGAAGCAGCCAUAUGAUUUGCCUUGCUAUUCACAUCAUGAUU